AUGGACUUGGCCCUGCGGGGCUUGCAGGCCGUCAGCAGCGACAUCGUGAGUCUGCUUGGACGUCAGCUGGAGCGCUGCGGUCCAGAGCAGCUCAAUUGCCCUGCGUGCCCGAGCUGUCCGUUGCUGCAGUGCCCCGAGCCGUCGUUCGCGCUGGGCACCUUCAUUGCGGGGCUGCUCGCAGGUGUGCUCUCGGCAGCGACAGUGGGGUCGAGGGCCCUCGCCUACUACGAUCCGCGCGAUGACUACUGGCAUGAGAGGAUCAUGCUGGCGCACAUUCAGGACUUCCGCUUCGUGGUGCUCACCGCGCACUGGGACAUCUAUGAUGAGGAUAUGUCCCAGGCGCUCCGCCUGCUGCCGCUGGGCCCUCGGGGCGGCCUUCCCGUGCCGAGGCCACAGGGGCAGAUCUUGCGGGUGGACAACGCUCGCCUCAGCGCCGAGUUGCAGCAGCUGUGCGACGAGGCGGCGCAGAUGGCAUUGGACAUCCGCGAGGAGGAGGGCUUGCUGGCCCCAGCGGCGCACCAGGGGGUGCUCGCCGACGGCGAGGCGGAGGCGCUUGCCGAGGCGCCGGCCCCCGCGGCGCUGGCGGCCGCCGCACGGCCCGCCGGGCCAGCGGCUGGAGGCGAGGCUGCGGCCGGCGCUCUGGCGGCGGCGCCGGCCGCGCCGCCUAGGGCACCCGCGGCAGGCGCUCUCCUCGCCCCAGCACCGCCGCGGCCCACGGCGCCGCCAGCAGACGCGGUCUGGCUCUCGGCGGAGACGCGUGGGGGCUUCACGGCCGGGGCCCCUAUCCCGCCUGAGCUCCUGGGAGCGGAUGGCCAGCCGCAGGUCGUGCUGGGCGAUCGCGGGGUCGUGGUGCUGGCGUCGGGCGUCUCGCUCGCGGUCGCAGUGGCCAACGCCCUGGAGGCAGGGGCGGCAGCGCUCUCCAGCAGCGGGGGAGACCUUCGCACGCUGCCGGUGCUCUACUCGCCAGCUGGUGGCCGCUCCCGGUCCUUCCACGACGCCGUGGCCAAGAUGUCCACCGCGCCCUUCCCAGACUGGCGCAUCAAGGGGCCGAGGACCGCGGCCUGGCUGCUCGAGAAGAUCUCGGAGGCGGGCUACACGCCGCUGCAGAGGCAUUUCUGGUGGAGGUCGAUCCAGGGGCUCACAGCUUCCGACUCGGGCGUGGACGACCACCACUUCAUCUCCGAGGUGCUGCAGGAGCUCACCACCUACGACCAGCUCAACGCUGGCGAGCUGGUGGUGGUGGAGAUCCUCUGCCGCCGCUACCAGCUCUGGGAGGAGCUGUGCGCCUCGAGCUUGCGCGAAGCCGAGGCUGGUCAGGACGCUGCACCCUGGCUCGAUGAGCGAUCCAUCUUCCUCGGGCAGGACAGGAGCCGCGGCUCGGCGCUUGUCUGCCCCGCCUUGGAGAGCUGGGUGGCUGAGAAGCUCCGAGAGGAAAGUGCCAUCCUCAAGGAGCGCAGUUUGCAGGGGGGGCGAGGCGUGCUGGACGACGAUGCCACCUCGCUGGGUUUUGGCGAUGACGGUCUCGCGCAAAGGGGCGCGCUGCCCAUCCCGCUCAGCUCGGAGGCGCUCCAGUGCUUGAAGGGGUUCUCGGCCCUCGACGGCGAGCUCUCGCUGGGGCAGCGGCGCAAGGUCGCGCGCUGCAGGCGCCAGGAGCGCUGGAUGCUGGAAGGCGUCGCGGCGCUCAACGAGCUGGGUGGGGGUGGACGGUUGGCUGACAGCGGCGGGCGGCUUAGCUUGGCGCAGCGCUCCGCGUUGCAGCAUCUGGGUGAGGUCUACGCCGCGGCCCCGCCAAAGACUGAGGAUUGCACCAACCAGGAGGCGUUCCAGGCGCUUCUGGGGCUUCGACCUGGCUAUGCUGAUGAGCCAGCCAUCGGGGCGAGAGCCGGCUACCAGCGCGGGGGGGUCUCCCUUCCUUCGGGCGGUGCUGGGCGUGUCGAUCUUGUUCGGCUACUGCCCCCGCACCUGCAGUCAGCGCUGGAGUCCGGGCACGGGUUAUUGCGCUCGGAGCAGGAGGCUACUGCUGCUCUGGAGGAGGCUGACGUCACGUGUUACGUGGACGGCAAGCUGGCCCAACGGGGCAUUGACUACGGACGUUUCUUGCUCGAGCUUUACGCUGCAGGGAUCGUUGUUGUUUUGGACUAUGAGUUGGAUCGGAAGGCGCUGGGGCCUGAGCUUGCGGCGCGGCCCAGGAUAGCCUUCCGCGUGCGAGUCGUUCCCAUGGGAUGGAACUGGGCCGUCCACUUGGUGCAGUCUGCCCACCUGAACGUGCUGGCCUCGGUCUCUCCGAACAACCAGUGGUUGGUGGACAAGCAGCCUGGGACGUGCCUCUCGGACAGCUCAGCUGCAGCCAAGGUCUUGUACAUAGACAACUUUGCGGCCAUCAGCACCAGUCGCGAGACAGCGUUGCAAGUUGUCAACGACAUGUUUGGCUCGUUCACCAGUGAGGGCGUCAGGGCGUCGCUUGACUUGGACGUCGUCCUCCUCGGCUUCACGCUGGACUCUAAGGCCGCCAGGUGGCGCCCCGCACCCAAGAAGUUUUGGAGGGUGCACGGCUGCAUCUCGCACUUGCUGGAGCCAGGAAGGCGCAUCACGGGGCGCCAGUUGGAGAGGCUCGUGGGGCACGUGGUCGCGCUGCUGCUGCUGCGGCGUGAGGCUCUCAGCCUCCUCAGUGCGGUCUACGUCUUCAUCCGCUCGACCUACGACAGGGCGCAGCCGCUGUGGCCCAGCUGCCGACGCGAGCUCAGGUGGGUGCUUGCGUUGUUGCCCACGGUGUUCGCCGACAUGAAGAGGCCUUGGCACUCUGAGGUAGGUGCCUUUGACGCGUCGCCUUGGGGCGCGGGAGUCUGCACGGCGCGCUGGCCUUUGAGCGCGGUGCAGGCCGCGGGCAGGCAGCCGGAGAAGCUGCGCUUUCGCGGGCCCCUCGCCUCGCUGGUGGCGCCGCGGGACGCUGCCCUGGCCGCCGACAGCAUCGAGCUCUCUGACCCAGCCGCACUCCUGCUCGGGCGCGCGGCGGGUUUCGCCGAGGUGAGCGCAGAGCUGCUGCGUGAGGAGCGGGGCUUUCUGGCAGCCAACAAGGUGCGGCCGCCCACUCAGGUGCUCUACCUGAAGGUGUUGCGGCUGCUGGCAGGCUGGCUCAUGGUGGACGCCCUGCCCGACUGGCCCGUGGCUGCUUGGGACGCAGCGUUGGCCGACUUCCUGCUGUGGGCCUUCGACCAGGGAGUGGCGCGGGCAACGGCUGCAAGGCUUGGCGCCGCGGUGCUGUGGGGGCUCCCGCAGCUCCACGUGGCGCCCUUGCAGAGAUGCUUCCCGCAGCUCGCGCACUCGCUGGCGGUUUGGAAGCGCCUGCGUCCGCCAGGCUCGCGCCCGCCUCUUCCAGAGCUUGCGAUUCGCGCAGCGGCAGCUUGGCUUGGGCACCAGGGCGAGUUUGCGACCGCCUUGUGCGUCAUGCUGAUGUUCGAGGGCUACCUGAGACCCUCGGAGGCGCUGGCGCUGCGGGCCGCCCAGCUCACCGGCCCUUUCGGCUCGGCCACCAGCGCGGGCUCACACAUGUCAGUAGUGGUGCAUGCUGCAGAGUUGCAGCAACCGGGCAAGACGGGCGAGAUGGACCAUACCGUUGUGCUCGACCUCCCGCGCCAGCAGGUCCUGGCUUGGGCCUUGGCGCGCCUGCGCGACUCCCGCCUGGGCUCCUGGCACCCGCUGUGGGACUUCGACUACAACCUCCUCCAGCGGCGGUUUGGCCAGGCGCUCGCGGCUGUGGGAGCCAGCUGUUUAGCAGGCACGCUCUACAGCCUCAGGCACGGCGGCGCCAGCCACGACCGCCUGACGGCCAGCCGCGCGCUAAUGGAGGUGCAGCAGCGAGGAAACUGGCGCGCCUUCAACAGCGUGCGGCGCUACGACAAGCACGGGCGAGUGUCGAUCGAGUGGAUGAAGAUUCCAGCCCACCAGCGGCAGGAGAUCGAACGUUUGGCCGCUGGACUCGACGCCGCCUUCAAGCUGUACUCGCCUCAGCGGUGA